AUGACUUACUUCCCAGCACCUGGCUACAUGCCCGCUUAUAACCCGACUCUCCCUUACCAUCAACCUGUCCCUGGUGGGCUCCAUCCAGGGAUGUCUGUCUAUGUGCAAGGCACGGUGCCCAAACACACCAAGAGAUUCCGAGUGAAUUUUGCCUGUGGCCAGCAUGAAGGGGGUGACAUUCCCUUCCACUUCAACCCUCGCUUUGAUGGGAAGGACAAAACUGUACUUAACACGUUUCAGUCCGGCAGGUGGGGAAACGAAGAGAUUCACGAGAUGCCCUUCCGGAAGCAUGAACAUUUUGAGAUCAUCUUCAUUGUCAACGACGUCGGAUAUCAGAUCCUGGUGAACAGAAACUUCUUCUGUAGCUAUGGGCACAGAAUGCCCCCACAGAGCGUGCAGGUCGUGAGUGCUGAUGGAGACCUGGAAUUACAAUCUCUGACCGUGAUGGGAAGACCAACGAUGGGGAACGUGGAUAUGAUGCCAAACCCUGGAUAUGGGCCACCACAAUGUCUUCCUAUGAUGCAGUCCCCUGCAGUCUACCAUCCACCGGUGCCCUACACAGGCAACAUUUCUGGAGGUCUGGGAGCCAAGAGGACCUUCAUAGUACGCGGCUCUAUUCCAAUGAACUUCAACAGGUUCCACAUCAAUCUUAAGGCUGGAGAGGAUAUUGCCCUGCACAUCAAUCCACGCAGGCAAGAACAAACCGUAGUGCGCAACAGUUUUCUGAAUGGCAAAUGGGGUCCUGAGGAACGGGAGCUGCCCUUUAACCCUUUCCAACCUGGACAGUACUUUGAGCUCUCAAUCCGCUGCGGCAACCACCGAUUCAAGGUUUAUGUCAACGGCCAGCCUUUCUUCAACUACGCCCAUCGUUACCACAACUUCUCACAGAUCAACACCCUCCAGAUCGAUGGAGACGUGGUCCUUUCUUAUAUCCAAUGCUAAGCAUGGAGGAAGGGGGAAAGAGGGCA